CUGUGGUGGUGUCCCCCCCAUUCAUUCCUUUCAUCCAGUACGAGAGUUUAGGUUAUUCCGGUUUUUUAAUUCUUGAACUAAAAAGUUUCCUCAUUCCCUGUAGAUUUAUGUUUUAAUUACAGUACUUGUGAGAUAAAUAUACAUUAAGAAAGAAAAAAUUGAAUUGUAAAAUAAUAUUACCGCGCCAUAACCUAUACAGAAUGGCGACAGCAUACGGAAUACAUUUAGGUAAUAGUUCUGGUAGUUUAGCAGUAUUUGCUAAUGGUGCCGCAUCGGUUUUAGCUAAUGAUGCAGGAGACAGAGUUACACCAGCUAUUGUCGCUCUAAACGGUGUCGAAUGGGAGAUUGGUCUUCCAGCAAAGUCUGGCCAAGCUUCUUCAAAGUCCAUAAUAAAACACAACAAACGUCUCAUGAAUAAUGACUUCAGUGAAGAUGAUUUGAGUUACGUCGAGAGUUCUUCGUCAUGUAGAGUGCAAAAUGAUGAUAAGCUAGUCUACGAAUUUGAGACAUCCGAAACAAAGCUCUAUUCUAAUCCUGAUAAUAUAGCAACAAAGAUAUAUGCGAAAUUGUACACCAUUGCAAGUCAUUCUGUACAAAAUGAAGGCGAUUUAAAGCUGGUGCUAGCUGCACCACUCAACUGGUCCAGUGCGAGCAGAGAAAGAUUAGUGAAAUGUGCAGAAUUAGCUGGAUUUGAUGUUCUGCAAGUCAUCAGUGAGCCAGCAGCUGCAUUAUUAGCAUACAACAUUGAAGAUUUGUGUGAGGAUGUUAAUGUUCUUGUCUAUAGACUUGGAGGUUCAACAUGUGCUGCAUCUGUUGUCAAAGUAUCCAGUGGGUUUAUGUCAGUAGAGAAAAAUAUUUUUAAAGCUGAUCUCGGUGGACAGUGUCUCACCAAAGACCUGGCUGACUAUAUAGCUCAGGAGUUCAGACAGAAAUGGAAGUUGGAUCCACAUGAAAGCCGCAGAGCUAUGUCUAAAUUGUUACACCAUGCUGAUAAUUGUAAACAUGUGCUGUCAACACUAAAUUCUGCUCAUGUAUUUAUUGAGUCCCUUGUAGAUGGUGUCGAUUGGAGUCAAAAUGUGACUCGAGCGAGGUUUGAAAAUAUUAUAUCUUCAAAGAUCUCAUCAUACAUAGAGCCUGCUAAAAAAGUAAUAGAGAGUUUUGAUGGAAAAAUAACUAAAAUCGUUCUUUGUGGGGGCAGUAUGAAAAUACCUAAAUUACAAUCUGCUAUAGCGAGCUUAUUACCAGAAGCUGAAGUGCUUUCUGGCAUUAAUCCUGAUGAAGUUAUUGCUGUUGGUUGUGCUAAGCAAGCUGGAAUGAUAUUAGAUUUGCCAGAAUUAUCCCUAACUGAUACAAGUACUGAAAUAGAAUUCCUAGGAAAGGAUAUUUACUUGAAAUAUUUGGACCAGACAGUUAAAUUAUUCAAAGAAGGAACACCUCCAUUUGCUCAAAAUGUAUGUAAUAUUGAGGUAGAAAAGGAUGCAAGAGAUGUCAGUUUCACCUUACAUGAUAAUCCUGACAAUGAGAAAUUUGCUGAGGAAGUUUUUAAUGUGGAGAGCCUAAGCAAACCGUUUAAAUUAAAAGCCACACUACAACCAGCAAAUAUUUUACUGCAAGUUGAAUAAUUUUGUAAAUUAAUUUAAAAAAAUAAAUAUUGUAUAUUUCUAUU